GGAGGGGACGGUCAAUGCCCCCCUUCUGCGGGCAGCGAGGGUGCUGCGGAGGAACGGAUUUAAGACCUGCGUCCUCACCAACAACUGGGUGGACGACAGCGCCGGGCGGCUCUUCACGGCCGCGCUGAUGAACCUGCUGCGCCGCCACUUCGACCUGGUGAUCGAGUCCUGCCGGCUCGGAGCGCGGAAGCCAGAUCCCGAGAUCUACGCCUACGCCCUGGAUGCGCUGGAGGCGAAGCCGCAGGAGGUCAUCCUCCUGGACGACAUCGGGGAGAACCUGAAGCCGGCCCAGGAGAUGGGCAUGGCCACCGUCCUCGUCAGGGACACCGAAACCGUCCUGAAGGAGCUGGAGGAGCUCUCGGGUGUCCAGCUUCUCACCCAAGAAGAGCCGCUGCCGACUGCCUGUGAUCCAUCCAACGUGACCCACGGAUACGUCCCCAUCCGGCCCGGCGUCCAGCUGCACUUCGUGGAAAUGGGGCACGGCCCCGUCGUCUGCCUCUGCCACGGCUUCCCCGAGUCCUGGCUCUCCUGGCGCUACCAGAUCCCAGCUUUGGCUGAUGCCGGCUUCAGGGUGAUCGCUCUGGAGAUGAAGGGCUACGGGGAGUCCACGGCCCCGCCGG